AUGUCUGAACCCCAGGUGAGACCAGGAGAUGAUAAACAGAUAUGGCUACUUCAUGUCGAAUAUAGAGAUACACUAUACCACCUACGAUCAUUGAACUGGUUUAUUGCAGGGUUGGGGUCAAUUCAAUUGUAAUUCCUCAUUGCUUUUCACCCCGAUAACCACUCCUGUCCCUCAGACACCAACAUGGCCUCAGGGCACAGAGUGUGUGGCCAAAUACAACUUUAAGGGCACCACAGAGCAGGACCUGCCCUUCAACAAAGGAGAUGUCUUAACCAUUAUCGUGGUGACUAAGGUAAAGUUCCUAACUCUCUGUUAGGAGGCAGGUAGUCUUUUCCUAUAGCCUCCAUGUCUCUGGCAAGGGAGACUAGAAAACAGGCCAAACGGUCCAAUGAUUUACAGUUUGAGUAAAGAUAUAAGUAGACUCAAUCUUUCUGUCAUAUUUCUUGAAAUUUCUACACUUACAUAUAAAAAGAACAUAGUUUUAAAAAAUAGUUACGUUUUAAAGGAGGAACUUUUGGGUUGUUGUUUCAGUAAUGUUCUCUAUCGCUGUACAGUAUUUACUCAGUCAAUCCUGAUCUGAUACAGAGUUAUGGUGACAUUUUCUUUUCCAGGACCCUAACUGGUACAAAGCCAAGAACACAGCAGGUCGAGAAGGCACCAUCCCAGCUAACUAUGUCCAGAAGAGGGAAGGGGUGAAGCAAGGGGGCAAGCUGAGUCUAAUGCCGUAAGAACAGUACAGUCAUCAUAGCCAGGUUAAACCAGACUGAAUCCUUCAAAACAUUGUUGGAAGUACACUCAUCACUCCAUGUUGUACUGAAAUGACUUCCCAUAAAUGCACUGCCUGUGUGGUGUUGUUACAUUACUUACCGGUAGUGUAGUAACACAACAAAGAUAUGGGAGUCAGGAGUACCUUUUUUAGGUUCAACAGUCAGUAAGUUACUAGGGUAUCGUUCAGCGCUCGCCAACCUUGUUCCUGGAGAGCUAUCCUCCUGUAGGUUUUUGCUCCAACCCCAGUAACUAACCUGAUUCAGCUUAUCAACCCGCUAAUUAUUAGAAUCAGGUGCGCUAGAUUAGGGUUGGAGUGAAAACCUACAGGACAGUAGCUCUCCAGGAACAGGGUUGGAGAGCCCUAGUUCAAGUUUAUUAUGCCAUUUCUAGGUAUUGGAAUACAUACAUAGGAAUGUGUUUUUGUAAGAGCUCUCAACAAUUAAAGCAUAGAAAUGUGAAGUACCUGUAUGAUAUAAAAGUGAAAGCACUCUAUGAAACAAAUAAGAGAGGGCUCAGGUUUAGAUGACACCAUGAGUUACAGUUUACAGUUCAGACUAUAGUGACUGUGAUACUAAAUCUGGUUGAAAGGGUUUGUUUUUCAGGAUGUUUCUGUGUGGUUGUAGAGUACAGAUAGGCUGUGAAGCCACUGUUAUGUGAAUAGAAACCACAGUUGGGCCGAGCUAGGGCUGGGCUGGGCUGAGUCCUGGCUCUGUCUGACUGCAGCCCUGUAAUUGUAGCUAGUGCACUUCUGUGUCUGUUUCCAGCUCUCGUGUGUGUGUGCACUGCCGUUUCUAGGUAUAAGCAACAAAAGCGGCUGCUUAAGGCCCCACGGUGGGUGGGGGGGGGGAGGGGGAGUCAGUUGGGUUCUCAACUUAAUGUUAGUUAGGAAAGUAGAAUACACAAGGUGCAAUUUCAAAAUGUCAUAGUGCCUCAGCAGUUUUCUUAUUAUUAUGUCAGUCACUGACAAUCACUCAAUUAGCCCAUGUCAGCUAACAUUUUAUACAUUUCUAGGUGAGUUAGUCUAACCACCUAUCUAAACCUUAAGCAGUAAUCAUGGCCAAAUGACUGACCUGGCACACAAGGUACGUCAUAUGAACAUGGCAUAAGUCAUGGGUAAAAUGUGUAGAACUGCAGGAAAUUGGCUUUAAAUCUUGCUUAGGGCCCCCAAAAAGCAAGAAAUGGCUGUGUGUGUGUUCAGCUCUGCACUGCUGUGUGUGCACUGCACGGUUUCCUGUUGAAUCUAGAAAUAUCCCGCAUUCAGCCACAUGCCUAAGUUCUAAGAAAAGUGUGUGUUUGUGUGUCUGCACAUAGGCUUGCGUAUCUCUUUUUCACUAAUUGGUCUUUUGACCAAUUAGAUCAGCUGUUUUGCCAAGACUCUUUUUAGACGCAUUAUCUUUUUAGAUGUAUUAUUAGUGUUAGUGAUUGUGGUGUGUGUUGCUGUAAAAGCACUUUGUGACAACAACUGUUGACGUAAAAACAUCUUUAUAAACAAAUGUGAUGUGAUUGAUUUAAUUAACCCCCCUCGACCCCCUCCAGAUGGUUCCAUGGUAAGAUAACUAGGGAGCAGGCUGAGAGUCUCCUGAUCCCCCCAGAGAUGGGCCUGUACCUGGUGAGGGAGAGCACCAACUACCCUGGGGACUAUACUCUGUGUGUGAGUUGCGACGGCAAGGUGGAGCAUUACCGCAUUGUCUACAAGGAGGGACAGCUCAGCAUCGACGAGGAGGCGUUCUUCGAGAACCUCAUGCAGCUUGUAGAGGUGUGGGGAAGAAAUCAAAUGAAAUAGUUAUCUUCGGGCCAGUUUCCCAGACACAGAUUAAGUCUAUUGCUGGACUUAAUUAUCUAUUGAGCAUGCUUUUUAGUCAAGGAGUUAAUUAAUCUGGGUCUGGGAUCUGUCCCUUCUUGGUCAAAUAAAGCGGUCUAUUAUUUUACAACCAGAGUGUGUGAGCCAUACAAAUGGUGUGACCAAGUUGAUUUCCCUGUUAGCUACUGUAGGUGCUCUGGCCUCUGCAACUGUUCCCUCAUCACAGCCACACACACAGUUCCUGGAACAAAUACACUGAACAGGAAGUGACAAAGAGGAAGUGAUAGCGGCAGGCUCCAGAUCAUUUCACCUUUAGACACCCAACCGCCGGGUUUCACUUUCAAAACCACCCUCUCUCUUCCUUCAUCCAUCUGGCGACACACUAUACAUUAACUCAGUUUUGGAGUAAUUUUGUUGGUCUCAAAAAAGCAUGUCAGUUAUUAUUUGAAAGCUCAUUAGGUGCUGUUGACAUGCAUUUUUGAAAACAUGUUUUUAACCAUGCUGCCCUCUGUUGGUUACGGCUAGUAUGAAUGAGUCCAAUACAAAUAGAAUGUAUCAAUUGAACCUUUGCAACGAAGACCAAUACAUUCAGUUCAAUUUUGUUCCAUUUUCAUGUAUUCCGUUAUCCCACAUUUUUAUGAUGUCAUCAAUAUUGGCAAUCUUUUCCCAUUCUUGGCCUAUGUUAUUGGCCAACGUCUUCUCUCCCUGUCCUCAGCACUAUACCAAAGAUGCAGACGGUCUCUGCACCAAACUGAUCAAGCCGAAGCUGGAGGAGGGUACUGUGGCAGCCCAGGAUGAGUUCUCCAGGAGCGGCUGGGCUCUCAACAGGAAGGAACUCAAUAUCCACCAGUCUAUAGGGAAAGGAGAGUUUGGAGGCAAGUGGCUUUGUGAAAACGUGUGUCUGUAGCGGUGUUUAAAUAGGUUUUUAUCAUUGACAACUCUGUUAUAACCUGUUCUAGGCAGUCUUCUCCAGCUUAAUCCACCUCAUUCCGGUUCUCUUGGAGUGUGUGAAUGUGGUUUAGUUAAUUCUCUCAUUCUCACUCACAUUUCUCUUUUCCUCAGAUGUGAAGGUAGGAGACUACAGAGGGACCAAAGUAGCGGUGAAGUGUAUCAAACACGAUGCUACAGCACAGGCCUUCAUCGCUGAAGCUUCAGUCAUGACGUAAGUUAGAGCCUGAACCAAACUUCUGUUACAUGUUCACUUUCAGUCAGUCAACUUCAGUACAACAUACUAGGGGUAAUCGCACUCUCGCGACUUCAAUUGAAGAAGGAAAAUCACACCUGACAAGGCCAAUGAAAUCCGUGCCUCUUGGAAGCCCUGCCUUCCACAGGUAAUAAGCGUGAGGCUCGGAUUCAUUCAAUUAUUCCGCUUUUCACCUCGAUGUAAGCAGGAACGAUUCAUGCUACUAAAACGAACAAUUGGAACGAGACUGUCUUACGUUGCGCCAACUAAAUUGCCCCUUCGUGGUAGAGCGUGCUCACCCCCUGGACAUUGUGUGCUGAAGUUUGUAUGGUUCUCAUAGUUUCCUAAUCACGAAAAAUGUGUUAUUCUUCGGAUUGCUUUGCCUGGCUAUAGCAAUAAGUUAGAUGGCUAACGAAACGAUGAAGGCUAACAAGCCGGAUUCGGGUUCGCGACAAUGCCCAAAUGAGUAAAAAGAUACUUACUUUUGUUGUCUUGUAUGUCUCUGCUCGGUGCAUACUCUGGCUGCCCUCACUUGAAUCAGUUUGUGUGUGGGACUAUGGGAUGGCUGGCACGGUUCACCUACAAGUCCGCGGCACAGGUUCUCUUGACAAUCGUGUAGUAUUCUUUAGGGGGCUUGGUGUUUCCGAUAGUGACUUCCUCUGCCUGGUGCCCGUACCUCGGCUGAGUCUGAGUUGCGGGACGUGGUAAUGGAUUGAGUCGUUGGUCGGGUCAAAUGUCUCCCAGCUCCUGUGCGCUCUGUCGCCGGUUAUGGGAGGCUAUUCGAAGAGAGAGGGCGGACAGGGUCUGUGGCUAUCCCCCCCCGCCGCCUGUGUCUGCCUUGGUUAAGCACCGUUUGCCUCUCUUCCCAGAUUUAUUGCUGAAGGAUCCGGUCCUACGUAGACUUUCGAGACCAGGCUAGCUAACAAGCGAUGCAUAGCGUGCUAGCCAGGUUAACUAACUCGCAGAGUUAACGGUGGAAUUGCUUGGGUAGCUCUCUUGUUUAGUAUACGUAGCGUUAAGUCGCUUGGUUAUUCUAAACGGACCGUGCUGCGGUCAAAGAGGCUAGCUAGCCUAAAAGCCUCAUCAUAGCUAACGUCAGCUAGCAUGCAUAACUUCCGGUGAAUUAAGCUUACUAGUGUUCCCCCAGCGUUAUGGCAACCCCUUUCCUAUUUUAAAUUCCUGGAGUUGGAGGGAGUGGAGAAAGCAGGUUUGGCAAGCAAAGCCAGAGAUUUGGUUCCUAUGGGCCUGGCCCCUGAGAGGGCCAAUCUGAUGGCUAGAUGGUUACCUCCGAACAUUAUUGCUACUAUUCAGUCAACUAGGGCGCCCUCCACAAGGGGUCUGUAUGCGUAUAAGUGGCAAGCGUUUGAGCUCUGGUGCCAAGAUAAAGGGCUGGUUCCUUUUCAGUGCUAUGUGAGGGACAUCCUUAUGUUCCUACAGGAGCUUUUCGAGCAGGGGUGGGCAUUCUCCACUUUAAAAGUGUUCAUAGGCGCUAUUUCAGGGUGUUGUGGGAAUUGACGGCACCACACCGGGGGCCCAGCCUAUGGUCGUGCUGUUCCUGAAAGGUGUGCGCCAUCUUAGACCGGUCUCUAAACCUAUUGCGCCCACAUGGGACUUGGCUUUGGUUUUGGAGGCGCGGUGUGCGGCUCCUUUUGAGCCUCUGGAGUCGGUGGAUCUGAAGAUCCUCUCCUACAAGACCUCCCUGCUCAUGGCUUUGACCUCGGCUAAACAUGUUGGGGACCUCCAAGCGUUAUCUGUACACCCUUUCGGUACUCAGUUCGUCCCGUCUAAAUGCAGCUUUCUCCCCCCGAAAGUGGUUAUGUCCUACAGGUCUUUAGCUUUUGCGCUAUUUCUCUUUUUUCACUUCCUAAUUUUGCUUCUGAAGAGCAACGGAGGUUACAUGCCCUGUGUCCAGUACGAACUUACGCACGUACAUUGAAUGGACCCGGGAUACCAGGUUAUGUGACCAGCUUUUUGCCUGUUUUGCUAAUCCAGCUCGCGGUGGGGCGCUCUCGAUAUAGAUCUGUCUGUCUAUAUUCAUCUAUAUCCAUCUAUCUAUCUAAGCAGCGUCUCUCCCACUGAAGUACUGGACACUCCUACAGCUCCCGCAAGGCAGGGAGCCCACGAGCCUUGUCAUCGAUGUCUAUUUUUUUCAAUUUAAUACAUCAUUUUUGGCAGUAACCCUCCAAAAGGUCAUUCAUAAACCUUUUCAGUUUCCAUAUGUAUUAGGAAGCUAAGUGUUUGUUUUUUGGGCUUCAGGAAUGUGACUGAAAAAGUGCCUCAGGCCUUGAAAAUAAAACAUUUUACUGAUUGAAAGUAAAAGGGGAUAUCGGUGAACAGAUGCCGUGGUCAAGGCUACAACGGCUUACUUAGCUUACUCAGGUGUUCAAAAGCGCAUAUCAGACUGAGAGCCUAAUGCCUUUUAGGUAGUUCUUUAUGAGUUUUAGUUUAGAAAAAGAUCUCUACGCAGAAGCGACAGUUACAGGGAUGGUAAAAACAGCUUGAUUGCCAUAGCAAAAUCAGAGAAAGUGGUGCGCAAAAUACAGCAGUUCUGCAACAUCUUUAAUUGAGCCUCUCAUUCUCCUUAAUUGCUGGCCUCAACACAUUACGGAAAGAGAUUAACUUUAUAGGAAGCUCUGGAGACAGGUCAUCAGGAUACUGGACAGCCAAUCGAUUGGCAGAUGCAAACAUAUUAUCAUAUUUAGCGGACAACAGUUCUUGAGGGCUUGAACAAAAAAAACUGUUUGCGAUUUGUGAACCGGCAUUUGAGUUGUGUGGUUGCAAUAUCAACAGUCCCUUAUCUCUGGUAUAUCUUGGCAUGCAUCAUUCAAGACUAAGUUUAAAUUGUGUGCAGCACAAUGGACAUAUCAUGCACAAUGUCUCAGGAAAGACUGUCUGUAUAUAAAACAGUCGGGCCCGCAUCCUUUGCACACACAAAAGGAGGACUACAGGGGAGUCUCAAGUUGGAUUUAAUUUAGUAUCCGUUGGGGUCGGCUUAGGGCGGGAUUCCAUUUCCCCAUAGUAUGUUAUACCGAAGUUGACUGACUGAAAGGGAACGUAACGUUAUGACUAUAACUACUGUUCCCUAAAGGAGGGAAACGAGGUACAACACGGUGAAGAGCGGUAUUAAAGGAAUGAAUCCGAGCCUAACGCUUAUCACCUGUGGAAGGCGGGGCUUCCAGCCAGGUGUGGUUUUUAUUGACCUUGUCAGGCAUGAUUCAAUCAAAGUCGCGAGAGUGUGACUACCCAUAGUAUGUUGUACCUCGAUUCCCUCCUUCAGGGAACAGUAGUUAUAGAUAACAUUACGUUAUCAAUCUCUCUAGCAAUCGCUUUCCGUCCUCAUUGUGUAAUUGUUUUCCUUGUUUACUACAGGCAACUGAGACACAAUAACCUGGUCCAGUUGCUAGGUGUCAUCGUUGAGGAGAAGGGAAGCCUGUUUAUCGUCACUGAGUACAUGGCCAAGGUAGGUGGCUCCUAUGAUUAAGUUAAAUAAAGGUAAUGCAAUAAUAGAUAGAUAGAUAGAUAGAUAGAUAGAUAAAGAACCAGAGAUCAUUGAAGACCUCUCUCUAUUUUGCCCCCUCAGGGCAGUCUAGUGGACUACCUACGCUCCAGAGGUCGGACAGUGCUGGGUGGGGAUUCCCUACUCAAGUUCUCAGUGUGAGCAUGAUAAUGAUUUCUCCCUACAUCUUGAAUAAUGUUAUCAGAAGUUUGCUGACAGGGGCUUAUAGCGGCCCGUUGGAAAUGUAACAUUGUCAAUGCCUCUUUAAAUGUCAACCGUUCCCCUCCCUCUCCUCCGUAGUGACGUGUGUGAGGCCAUGGAGUAUCUGGAGGCCAAUAACUUUGUCCACAGAGACCUGGCGGCCCGUAACGUUCUGGUGUCAGACGACAACAUCGCCAAGGUCAGCGACUUCGGCCUGACCAAGGAGGCCUCGUCUAAUCAGGACACGGCCAAACUGCCCAUCAAGUGGACCUCACCAGAGGCCCUGAGGGAAAAGGUAGGUUAGUGUAACGGAGAUAAGAAUGUGCCGUAAGCUCACUCCACAGCUAGCUUGAAAUGUCGCCAAUGGUGCUAUUGGAUUGGAUCCUUUUCUAUUGGUCAGCUGGUUCGUACGUUGUCAAGGAGGGUGGUCACGUGUGUUAGCGAGGCAGAGGACCCCAGGUUGGAGCCGUGGUAAAGACAGUUUACCCUGAGUUGUACUCAGAGAGGGAUGAAGCUAUACUGCUGAACUAGCACACUGACAUUGGUUUCACUAGUCACUUUCCUUAUUGUCUUUAGGAGCAUACCCUGAAUCUCAAAUCAACCCUUUAGGAACUUGUUUAAAUCGGAGAGGAUUGGAUAGGUAUAAGCAAUAUGGUAGCAAUUCCACCUAGUCUAUCAGAGGGCAAGAUGGCGCUACCACCAUAUUGCUUACACCUAUCCAAUCCUCUGAGAUCUAUAGGGAGAAGGGGUUAGGGGUCGAUUUGGGAUUUAAGGUAUAGAAAUGUUAUUGUACUGCUGAUUUACACCAUUUCUAUAAUAUACUGUAUGUUUUACACAUUAAAAUAAGCUUUACGGAAAGACUGUCUUUCCUUCUGUCUGUUGAUAAACAGAAAUUCUCCACCAAGUCAGACGUGUGGAGCUAUGGGAUCUUGCUGUGGGAGAUCUACUCCUUUGGACGAGUGCCUUACCCCAGAAUUGUAAGUAUCUUUUUGCCUUUAGAAAGUCAGUCACUCAACUUACUGUUAGUUAGGAUAUAAUACACAAUGUGCAAUUUUGACAUUUGGUAGUGCAUCAGCAGUUUUCCUCUUGUAUGUCAGUCACCGACAGUCACUCAAUUAGCCCAUGUCAGCUAACAUUUGAUAGAUUGCUAGGUAAGUUAGUCUAGCCAGCUAUCUAAACCUUGUAGUAAUCAUGGCCAAAUUACUGACUUGCCCAGGGGCCCUGACCUCUAGGGGGCCGCCAUUGAUUUUGUUAGUCAUUCUCACGCCGAUAUCAUAUGAACAUGGCAUAAGUCAUGGCAAAAUGUGUAGAACUGCAGGAAAUUAGCUUUAAAACGGCAACAUUUUCUCACCAUCCCAUGGGAAAAUAUGUCGAACUGCAGUAAAAUUUGCAUUAAAACUCUAAAUUUUCCUCUCCGCCCAAUGACGAAAUGAGUAGAAUCGCAAAAAGCUAGAAACUGCCCUGUGAAUAAGAUUGAUUGGGCAGGUGUUACAAAUUGUGACAGCUGUAGAGUAUAUGAAUUUGCCAGUUAAAGUCAAUGUAGUAAAUUUGAAAUGUCGACACUGCUAUUAUGGUCCAGUAUAAUACUAUUUAUUUCAAUGUUGAGUCAACAUUCUGUCAGGUUAUGUUCUUUAGUGAUAAUGACACCAUAGAAAUGUAAUACAAAAUAGAUAUAAAGUAAUUCAUAAUCAAAAUGUAUUACAUUUCUACAAAUAUACUACUCCCAUCUCAUCUCCUUCUCGUCAUCCCCCCUUCUAUUGCCCCAGCCUCUAAAGGACGUGGUACCACGCGUAGAGAAGGGUUACAAGAUGGAUGCCCCAGACGGUUGUCCUGAGGUGGUGUAUGAGGUCAUGAAACAGUGCUGGACCCUGGACCCCCUGGUGCGGCCAUGCUUUAGAGUCCUCAGGGAGAAACUGCAGCAUAUCCUAGCCAAGGAGCUCUACCUGUGA